CAAUGGUUGCGUCCCUUCCUGCGUCCCAUUAUUCAUAAUUUCUUGAAUAAUAUAACUAUGUUAAUUUAUCAAUUAAAUCCAGCGCGCCUCCAAUUGCAUCCAUGAGCGCCGUCACAAAGCUUCUUCGAGUGGAAGGAGCGAUCUUAAACAGACCCCUAAGAUGCCUCCGCCGACUUCAAACAUUCGAGUCUGCGUAGAGUGGUCACAAUCGACAGUUUUCGCAGGCGAGGAAGUCGGAUGCAACAUAACAUUUAAGAAUAUUGCCGCCAUACCAGGGAUCCAACGCAUACCGGCGAACCCCUCUGGAACCCACGGACCGUCUCCGCUAGGAGAACGGCACCGAAAGACAAAGACAACCACCUCCUCACAAAUAUCAGAUGGGCGGGGAAGAGCUAGCAAUGUCUCUAAUUCACUCUCCUUGCCCAACAAACGUGGGCAUCGUUCAGCAUUAUCUCUGAAUGUUCCAGCGCUAGGAAAUUUCCAACAGCCCGAUACACGUCCAGGAAACGACAAUAUCUCCGAGGCCGCCCCCCGAAGUAAAGGCCAUAGUCACCGACGAUCCGUUUCAAUCAUAUCCUUGGGAGCGAAUGAUACCGCCCGCAGUGAUAUCUUAGGCUCAAAUUCAAAUGAACCGCCCCGGGUUCCAUACAGGCGGCAUGGGAGGGCAGCCAGUCUGCAGAUUGUGCCUCGUCGGCCAUAUCCAAAUGGCAAUGGUCCCAAAUCAGCAUCAGCAUCAGCCCCGCCCCAUAGGUCGGCAACUCAGCCAUCACCGCUGUUCCAGAACCAUUCAUUAUCGGAUAUAUCGACUUUGCGAGGGGAACUUGAACCACAUAGAAAGUCUACCAACAGCUUGAACACCCUAACGUCUUCGAGCGCACCUGCUGCACAAAGAUUUAGGCCUGCCAGAAGACAAGCAUCUGCAUCACCUUCCCAACAAGGCUUUAAGUUUCCUAAUACUACGUUCCGAUUCCCGGCCACCAGUGGUCCAGGAGUUGAUGAACAGUCGCCGCUGGAAGCUACAGAGAAUGACCAGAAUGGGUCUAUUCAUAGCCCAAAGGCGUCCAAUAGCCUCCUUUACCCUCCAUCCAAAGAUGAUAUGCCUCCUGGACGGGACCCAACCACCCUCUCGGCUCGAAUUCUCUCGCCUAUGAACAACAACGGCGAGACACCCAGGAACAGUGGCGAGUUUUACUCUCUGAGUAACAAUUCAACCGAAACAUUAGCGUCCGAAUAUAUUGCUCCACGGGCAGGGCUCCUCGGAUCUCGUUCGGACCAUGCCCGCCAGGUUUCAGCAGUCUCUGACGUAAGCCAGUACCGGCCUACAGUGGAGAGUCUCAUGAUGGGUUAUGCACAAAUCCAAGGGUCUUUCACUCUUGAUGGCUCCUUGAUCGACCAGGAACCAUUUGAAGAAGUCAAGAGGAAAGGCGUCGUUGGUGGCCAAGGAGGUGGCGUGAUUGGCAUCGAAAAAAACAAGAGAGAAAGCGGUUUGCUCCGCGGAUUUGGCUGGGGCAAUAUCACCGAAUCUCUAGGUGGUCUCCUGGGUGGGAGCGACCUCAGUAGUAUCAGAGAUAUGCGAGGAAUAGCUAACUCACGACCGGUCCCUCUUUUGUCGACUCCUCAGUCCAUACUUUUUGUUGACUUGAGACUGGCGCCCGAGGAAUCAAAGUCUUUCCAGUACAAAUUCAAAUUGCCCAGAGGGCUACCGCCCACGCAUCGAGGAAGGGCCAUCAAAAUAUCUUACCAGCUAGUCCUCGGAACCCAAAGGCCCGGAGGUUCAAAAGAACAGCAAAUAAAGUCUGUGGAAGUGCCAUUUAGGGUACUUGGGAGUGUGAAUGAUCGUGGCGAACUCCUUGGUCACGAUCUCAUGUCACCAUAUAUAAUCUUAAAAGACCAAGCAUCUAUUCGGUCUAUUUUGGAUCGGGCAACUGGCACUGUGGAACAAUCAUCCAAAACACCGGUGUCAAAUAAGAAAGCCCAAUCGUCACACGAUGAAUUUCUCUCUUAUGUGGAUGACCUAUUAACAACGCCUAACCAGCAACCAGACCUUUCGCUCCUCUCUCCAACAGCAAAUUUGCAACGACGUCGACUCUCAAGUAUACCAGGACCUGCGUCAGCAAAAGAAGCUAUAGACAUGGCAAUACUACGAAGUAAUCUUGCAACGGACAUGCAGCAGAGUGCAAAUCGUUUCGAGAUCGCUCGCGGCGGGCAAAGGAUUGCGGUUGUCAUGCUUGCUCGACCAGCAUAUCGCCUUGGAGAAACCGUCACCGCUAUUAUUGAGUUCGCCGAUGCAGAAAUCGCAUGCUACGCCGUGCACGCGUCGCUAGAAUCAUCUGAAAAGGUAGAUCAGUCGAUAGCGUUGCGGUCAGAUGUCAGUAUAAACCGCGUCACCCGCAAAACGCACGCCUCGCACUCAGAAUCAGCAUUGUUUGCGAGAAGAAUCGUGUUCUCGCCAUCGAUACCCGUAGCUGCAACACCAAGCUUCAUCACCAGUGGCGUGUCCCUGGAUUGGAAGAUUCUAAUUGAGUUUGUAACUCCACGUGUCGAUCGCACAAGGGAGGGGAACCCUACCUACGACUCUGAAUUGCUUGAAGAGGUUUCGCGGGAUGAUCGUGGCGCUGUCUUAGCAGCAGCAGAAAUGUUAAACUGUGAGAGUUUUGAGAUUGCGGUGCCUCUGCGUGUUUAUGGCACGGUAAGUUCAAAUGACAAAGAGGGCGUGGAAGAGCAUAAGGUAUGAGGAUAACAGAUGGAGAUGUAGCGUAUGGAUAUCAUCAACCGGUCCCUAGAAUAGAGUAAUUAAUGCCUUCAAGGCGGAUUUGAUA